CACUCUCCUGCUAUGCGUGCUCGCGACGUUCGUCAUCUCCGCAUCACGCGCCGCAGCGUACGGCGUACCGGGAGGCGCAAUGGGCACGUUUUACGGCGGACCCGACGCGUCGGGUACUUGGGGUGGUAACUGCGGUUACGGGAAUCUUGUGCAAGCCGGUUACGGCAUCCUCGUCGCGGCGGGAAGCCCUCCUCUUUACAAAGGCGGGAAGGGAUGCGGCGCUUGCUACCGGAUAUCGUGUACCAACAGCACGUAUUGCAACAAGGGCGUAUCUAUCGUGGUCGCUAUAACGGAUCUUUGCCCCGGCGGGGGUUGGUGCUGCCCCACCUGUCGCCACUUCGACCUAAGCGAACCUGCUUUUAUCGCGCUUGCGAACCGCGCCGCUGGCUUCGUUCCCCUCGCCUACGAACA